AUGGCAUACAACAAUUAUCAGCAAUUCCCAUUCUGGGACUUCGUACGAGCAUUCGACAACCAACAUGGAGCAGGUGUUGACCAUCAGGCUGAGGGGUUCCCUGGACCUCAACCACAUCCAGAAGAAACCGGAGAUCAUCAGCAUCCAGCACAAGCCUUCGGGUUCGGAGGACCAUUCGGUUGGGGAGGUGGGUUUGGAAGAGGACCAUGGGGUGGACGCGGUGGUCAUCGAGGAAGACAUGGACCAGGACAACACGGCGGUCCUCAUGAAAGGAGAGGAUCUAGAGGUCCAUCCCGAGAGCGAGGUCCCGAAGGAGAACGCCCAGAAGGUGAGCCGGCAGAUGGACCAUCCCAUGGUCGUCGAGGUGGCCGACAUCAUCACGGUAGAAGAGAACAUUCCCACUCGGACGGAGAGCAUUCUGGGAGUGAUCGAGAGUCAUCGCCACAUGGAAGACGCGGACCAAGAGGGUGCGGUCGACGGGGUAGAGGAGGACCUCAUGGACAUGGUCCUCGAGGAUGGGGAGGCCACCCAAGAGGUCCACCACCACCACCAUUUGGUGGCCCAGGUGGUUUCGAUAUGAGUGGACUUAUGCAAGCUCUAUCAAACCACCCACUGGCACAAGCAUUCCGUGGCUUCGCCGAGCAGGCUCCUGGGAAUGGAACUGACCAACAAAGAUCGGGUACAAUCGUUUCCGAAAAUGACGAUGUAAACAGUUUCGUCCCGCCAGUCGACGUCUUCUCUACUGAGAGAGCUUAUGUUUUACAUAUUGCUCUACCAGGGGCCAAGAAGGAAGAUGUUGGAGUCCAUUGGGACGAAGACAAAGGAGUCUUGAACAUUGCUGGUGUAGUUUAUCGUCAAGGCGAUGAAGAGUUCUUGCAGACCUUAGCACAAAGCGAGAGGAAGGUAGGUGUUUUCGAACGCAUCGUCAAACUCCCACCUGGAGAUGCAGAGAAAGAAGAAGUCGAUGGAGCCAUGAUCACUGCGAAGUUGGAAGAUGGUGUUCUGGUGGUAACCGUGCCAAAGGUCGAGAAGGAAUGGACUGAGGUCAAGAAGGUUGAUAUUAUGUGA